AUUACCGGAAUUUCCUUUACGCACAUCAGUCAUUUUGACGUUAUUUGCUGGCAUUUCUCUCUUGUAGAAACAUGGCAUCGGGAAAAAAGGGGAAGAAAACCAAAGGAAAAACUUUGGCUCUAACUGAUUUUUUGCAAGAAACUACAGGAUCGAUUUCUGUACAACCCAUUCGUAAAUCAAAUCUCAAUUGGGCAGAUGAAGUAGAAGAUUACGAUGAUGUGAGAAAACCUGUCAAUGUAGUAUUACCCACUGCUCCCAAGGCUUCUAGAGAUUAUGAUGAUAUUAGUGAUAAGGUUCCUACAGAGCCACCGUUUUGUGCUUACCUUUCCAAUUUGCCUUAUGAUGUAGACGAAGAAGAAAUUACAGCAUUUUUCAGUAAUAUGAGGGUAGCAAAUAUGCGAAUACCCAAAGAUGACAGAGGAGGUGAAUCAAAAUCUAAGGGAUAUGGAUACAUAGAAUUUGAAGAUAGAGAAAGUCUAUUAGAUGCCCUUGUUAUGCGAGACACUACUCUCAAAAGUAGAAGAAUGCGGAUAGAAGUUGCCUCAAAUAUGGAAAAUGACAGGCGGAGAGGUGGUCGUAUGGAUAUGAAUCGUGAUAGACAGACAGAUCGUAGUGAUUCAUUUCCAGAUUGGCGAUCUGGACCGAGAACAUCGGAAAUGGACGAUCGUCGUUCUGGAUAUAAUAGGGACAGAGAUGGAGGAGGUGGUGGUUUCACCAGGGAAGGAAUGCGCGAUAGAGAUGAUAAAAGUUUUACGCGAGAAGGAAUGAGAGACCGAGAAAGCAAUAGAGAUUAUGGACGGGAUAGGGAGAGUAACAGAGAUUCAUAUAGAAGGGAUAAUGAUGACAGGUCAGGUGGUUGGAGAGAUGGUGAUAGACAGAAUAAUGAUAGAGGUUUAAAUCGUGAUCGAGCAAUGUACCGUGAUACAGACAGAGGGUCAGGCGGUAGGUAUGACGAUAGAGAUGAAAGAAGAGGAUAUGGUGGAAGAAGGUUCGACGAUCGAGAUAAAGGAUUUACGCGUAGAGAUGAUCGAGAUUCAGAGCUGCAAUCUUCUGAGCCACGUGAACGACCAAAGCUGGUGUUAACACCGCGUACUAAACCAGUAGAAAAUGUACCUGUAAAUAAAGAAACAGUGCCUUCAGCUUCAAUAUUUGGCAGUGCAAAACCUGUAGAUACAAGCCAGAGAGAAAGAGAAAUAGAAGAAAAAUUAGCAAGAGAAGCUGAUAAACCACGAGAGAAUAGUAAGGACAGAGAGAAAGAAAAAAAAUUGGAAGAUACCGAAAGAAAAAAUAUUGACAAAGAAAGAAAUAUAGCGCCACGUAAGGUAGAAGAUAGUCCUCAUAGAGAAAGGAAUACUAAGGAUGGACCUCCAAUGAAGAACUUUGACGACAGAAAAUUGCCCAAUAGAAACGAUCAAAGAUCACCAGAUAAAUCUGAAAAUAAGCACAAACAGGAUAAGGCUGACAAACCUAAAUGGGAGGAAAAGAGAGAGAGACAUGAUAAAGAAAUGCCAAAAUUGACUGAACCGGAACCUCCAAAUUUCACCGCCAAUAAUAAGUUCGCUUAUCUGCCGACAGAUUCCGAUUAACAAUAUGUGAUUAAAAAAAAGUGGUGUACAUAUUCAAUA